AUGCAUGCUCUGUUUGUUUACUACUUUCUAGAGUACGUAUUUGGUCUCGUCAAGAAGCGAGGCUACAAGGAGAGUACAACGAAGGACAUGCUGCAUUUUGUGCUCGGCGUGGCGAUGCAGUUUCAAAAUUUCGCCAAGUCCGCCGUUGAGUUGACCCGGCUUCCAUACUUGAAUAUGUCUAUCAUGAAUGUGUUGUUGACGCGCUCCGAUAGGUACUGGUGCGCUCGGGUUGUGUUGCUGUGCUUGAAUUGA